UUUGGUGAAUAUUGUGAUGAUUAAUGAUAAACAGAAAAAAACAUUGUGAUUCGAAACAUCGGUAAUGGUGAUUUUAAUGCGUUUUCGUAUGUGGCAAUAGAUUUUAAUUGACAAAGCAAUGGCCGUGGUUAAUUUUAGCGUGUGCUUGGUGCUCAUUCUGUAUCAACUAUCGUCGGCGCUCAGUGACGAAGCUUCUUCGGAAUCAUCAGAUCUCGGACUAAAUGAUACUCUUGAUGGUGAACCGGAGGUCGUCAGAUGUUACUGCAACACGGCACAAUGUGUCAGCACGGGGUAUAUGUGUCGAUCAAGAAAAGGAGGCGGUUGUUAUAGUGAACUACCACCAAGAAAACAUCACGCACGACAUGGCUGCUUACACCACUUAGCUGAAAAAGAACAAGAGGCGCUGUCCCACUGUCAGAACGCGCCGUCGCAAGGUGGACCUCCCCCCAGAGAGCAUUCUCUCCUUCUCUGCUGCUUCAAAGAUCUCUGCAACCAUGAAGACAGUCCACUCGCCAGAGCGAGGCUCAACCUCACUAAUGACUUAGAUCCUAGCAGUGUUGCCAGCGAGAGGGGCGCGUCUUAUAAUGGUGAAGUUUGGUUCAAAGCAGCUACUAUAGCCGUGCCAGUUUGUGGAGCACUCAUAUUGUUUCUGCUGGUAGCUGUGGCAGUACGACUGUUAAGAGCUGAUGCUUUAUUGCAGGCAGAUAGAAAACUCAGGGGUGGAUAUAUGUCACGGCCACAACACGGUACGGAUGAUGUAAAAAAAGUAUGGGUGGGAAACUCUACCGCGCCUCUUCUAGUGACACCUAGCGGUUGUCUCGUCGCAGUUGAACGCGCCCAGCUAGUCGACGUACCCCCCUGCACACAGCUCUGUGAUAUACAACGAUAGACUGCACUCAACGAGCGAGCAAUCUCUUUAGCGCACUGUACCAUGA